UGUGCAGGUAUAAAAUCAUUACAAAGCAAGCUGGUGGAUCAUUUUAAAUUUUUUUUGAGAAGGCAGGUAGUAGUUAGUCUGUGGCUUCUGAAAGAGAAUCUUGGAAACAAUAGCCAGAUGAAUCUGAGCUGAGAGUGGGAGGUGUCUCUAACCAAAGAUUAUGGUUGUCUUUAGUGGUUUUUUUUUCCCAAACCAGAAGUAAGUAACCACAAUUGCUGGUGACAAACAAAUCAGCUAGCUAAUUGGGACCUGACCUGACUGUGUGUGGACUAUAUUGUUAUAUUUUAACAGACACAAUUUGACCAUCUUGCGAACACAUCUUGGAAAGGGCUAGCAGAAAAUAGUUAUUUGGCUUGUGUAGGUAAUUUCUUGUAUCUAGAUGCAAACAUCUCAAAAACACAAAGGUAGUGGCGUUAUCCAUGGCUUAUACCAUCAGCCUGUGCAAGAGAUCGAUCCCUACAAUUUUUCUCAUUUCCAAAUUUUAGAAAACAAUAUGUGCCCAGACAUUGGCAGCCGAGGAAAAAGUGUUUCCUUUGAGACCUACAAGGAACAGUACUUUACCCUGGAAUCCUCCCCUGCAACUGCUGAUUUUCUUGUCUGUGAUUCUCCUUCUGCUGUUAGUGUAUUGUCGAACAGGAGUUCCUUUUCACCUCAAGGUUCUCAAUCAUGCUUGUCUGAUCCACACCAUUCCCCUGAUAUCUACUCUGGAUCUCCUGUUAGUGGGUGCUCUGUGGCUGAUGAUGCAAAUGAAUUUAAGCACAAACUACGGGAACUGGAAAUAACUCUGCUGGGGCCUGAAUCAGAUAUUGUUGACAGCUGUUAUUGCUGCUACAAGAGAGAAUCCACUUCUACGGCAAGGUGGACUCAUAGUCAAAUGGUGGAAAUGAUACCUAGGUUGGACCUAAAAGAAGUCCUCAUACACUGUGCAAGAGCUGUAUCAGACUCUGAUUUACCAGCAGCGAUGGAUUUAAUGGAUUUGUUGGGGCAUAUGGUGUCAGUUUCUGGGGAUCCAAUCCAAAGACUGGGUGCUUACUUGUUGGAAGGUCUUAGAGCACGGUUGGAAAAAUCAGGUAGUUCAAUCUACAAAGCUCUGAAGUGUGAAGAACCAACAAGCUCAGAACUAUUGUCAUACAUGUCUGUUCUCUAUCAGAUCUGCCCAUAUUGGAGGUUUGCUUACGUGUCUGCAAAUGUUGUCAUUAAGGAAGCUGUGGAAAAUGAACAGAGAAUCCACAUCAUUGACUUCCAGAUCGCGCAGGGCACCCAAUGGAUGGCCUUGAUCCAGGAUCUUGCACGUCGGCCUGGUGGGCCCCCAUCUAUCCGCAUCACAUGCGUUGAUGAUCCCCAGUCAGCUCAUGCUCGUGGUGGCGGACUUCGUAUUGUUGGGGAAAAGCUGUCAAGGCAUGCUGAGUCAUGGAAUGUACCAUUUGAGUUCCAUGGUGCUGCCAUGUGUGGUAGUGAGGUUGUAUUAGAAACCCUUCAGAUUCGACCUGGAGAAGCAAUAGUAGCUAAUUUCCCAUUUGUGUUGCACCAUAUGCCGGAUGAGAGUGUUAGCACUCAAAAUCAUAGGGACCGGUUAUUGAGGCUGGUUAAAAGUUUGUCACCAAAGGUGAUGACCCUUGUUGAGCAAGACUCAAAUACCAAUACUUCACCCUUCUUUGCAAGGUUUCUUGAGACACUGGAUUACUAUACAGCUAUGUUUGAAAGUAUUGAUGUGGCUCGGCCAAGAAAUGACAAACAGCGGAUCAAUGCAGAGCAGCAGUGCGUGGCCCGCGACAUAGUCAAUAUGAUUGCAUGUGAAGGGCCUGAUAGGGUGGAAAGACAUGAACUUUUUGGUAAGUGGAGUGUAAGAUUAAGGAUGGCUGGUUUUACACAAUGCCCAUUGAGUCCUUCAGUCAAUGUUGCUAUCAAGAAUCUGUUGAAGGAAUAUAAUGGGAAUUAUAGAGUUGAAGAAAAAGACGGGGCGCUUUAUCUUAAAUGGAAGAACAGAGCUAUGGCAACCUCUUCUGCAUGGAGAUGAAAAACUGAUAUUGACGCCGGAAAACAAAAAUUUGUAAAUUUUUCUUCUCAAUUAUUCUUUUUUGGAGCACAAGAGACAAUUAUGUAUGUAGUUUUGUAGAACUGAGAUAGUAGCUCUCUUCUAGUGUCUGUUUAGAUGCCACUGCCACAAACCCAACUCAGAAAAGUCUUCUGUAAAUGUCGAGUUAUACUGCACAAUACGAUACCUAGUUCACGCAUUUACGCUUUUCA